AUGUCUGGACGUGGAAAAGGAGGCAAAGCCAAGAGCGGAGGAAAGGCCAAAUCGCGUUCUUCGCGAGCUGGACUUCAGUUCCCCGUCGGUCGUCUGCACCGCAUGCUCCGCAAGGGCAACUACGCUGGACGCAUCGGAGGAGGAGCGCCCGUCUACUUGGCCGCUGUUCUCGAAUACCUCGCCGCUGAGGUGCUCGAGUUGGCCGGCAACGCUGCCCGGGAUGCGGGACAAGAGGUACCCGUGAAAACCGGUUGA